GUUUAUUCUGCCCUAAUUCUAAAGAUAUAUGGGUUGCCGUCCGAACUGGCUAGCAGAUGCGUGGAGUUACUGGCCGUGCGCUGCGCCCCUACCUACCUAGUCUGAUUCUUUUUUGCGUGUUGUUCCGUCAAGGGCGCGCGCGCGCGGUGUCAGAUUCGGCCGCGGGCAGCGAGGGGCGCUCAGUCACUUCGUGGGGUCCAGAAAGAGGUCAAUUUAUGGAAACGGCCGGCGCAACCCAUCACAAGCUUGGCGACGACAAGAGCCCUCCCCCAAUUUACUUGUUGUAGA